UUACCUCCUACAUAGUCAGAUUCUGUUCAAUAAAUGUAUAUAUUUAAGAACUAACCUAAACACCACAAGCAUGGAGAAGAAGCCAGUGAAGAUUUAUAAUGAGGACCGCCAGAAUUUUGUGGCCACUCGGAUGAGCCUGCCGCUUUUUAUGGUGUCCCGUAAUCGCAUAAGGAGAGAAAAUUUGCCGCGACUGAAUAAGCAAUUUAAGCUGGCGGGCCAGCAUUACAAUGAGGAUUGCCAAAAGGAGAACCGCCAAGAGGCGUUCAGCAAGGCCACUUUCGAUCACUACCGCCAUAUCACGGGCUUUGACGUCUCGCCAAAGAAUCCGUAUCCGGAGCGGCGACGCCUGCACAUCGAUCGGAACAUGACCAAAUGGAAGGGCUGGCAGCUGCCCCCGAAUCACUACGGAGUGCUUCCAGAGCCGUUCCUCCGGCUGAAGGGCACCAAGGGCUCCGUCUUCGCCAAGCCACACACGAACCACAGCCGCGUGUCAAUAAAGCCUCCGCCGUAUCACUUCUACGAACUUCCCGCGGAAAUCGAGCGGCUGUUCAAGCGCGAGAACCUACAGAAGGGCAUCUUCCUGUCCAAUGCCCGCGAUCGGCGGCCGACAACCCACGCGAUGAUCUCCAACUUGUCGGGCUGUUGGCGUGAUCCCAAGGACGCAGGUCCAUGCGACACCCAUACGAACAUCUUUGAGCUGGAGGCGAACGCGGCGCCCGUGACGAAGACGGCUCGCCCCAAUCCGCACCUGUUCCUGCGGCUCUCCUGCGUGCCCACGAAGCCCAACCGCCUGAUCCGGCGCCACAUCAGCAUGGAGCCGGCUCCGGGUCGCUACUGCACCAGCUACCCCAACGUGUGUCCCUGUCCGGCGGGAAAGACCAGUGUGCCGGGGCUGCAGCUGCUCAUCGACGACCAGAAGCGUUUGAAGUUCCGCCGCCAGCCGUUCGAGCGGAUCGGGCGGAAGCAGCUCUGCGAGCCGGACUGGCGCCACGUCGAGGGGCAGGGCCACCGGCACGUCUUUCAAAUGGGACGCCACGACAGGCCGAAGCCGCAGAAGGCGCCCACAGCCUCCAAGAAGCAGGGCAAGCCGAUCAACAUGUUCGCCGACGCCAAGUACAUCAACAUGCUGAGCCAGCCGCAGCGGCAUCCCAUCUCCAUCCGGACGUACCCGGUGCCACCCUAUGUGCCCAAGAUCACCUACAACUGCGCGGCCAAGCGGGUGAUGCGCAAGCAGCUGAAGAACAACAAGAAGAUCGCCUUCAACAGUGGCCAGGAGCGGUGGAAGGAUGGCGAGCGACCGCUGCAGCUGACCGCCCGCCAGCUGGAGGCCAUCAAGCAGAAGUUGCCGCCGGAGAGGCGACUGAUGGACCAUCCCAUCGAGCUGCCCGAGCUGAUCCCCAGCCGGCUGACGCAGGUGCCCGACCACCAGCGGGUCACCUACAUGCCCAAGUUGCGCAAGCGACUGUUCAAGUUCCUCCCGAUUCCCGGGGCCCGGGUCCUGGUCACCGAUAGCGACAUCCGCCCGGACAUAGUGUUCGAUCCGGAGCAUCCGACCGGGCUGUACCGGCGCAAGAUCGACGAGACCGUGUUCUUCAAGGACUCCGUGCUGCGGGCGAUGGAGAACCAGGACGAUCCGAUGCUGGAGGCCAACGCCACGGACAUAUCGCCAUCGCAGUCCCAGGCCCAGUCGACCCAACAGUCGAUAAUGCGGGGCACCGUCACCGUGGUGGAUCCUCAGGAAGGGAAGAGCGGUUCCCACAUAUCGAUCCAUGCCUAAAAUGACUUGGGAGCUCUGCUCCACGUUUGUGCCCUUUUCGUUUUUGAUUUAUGAUCCACGCUACAGUGAAUUCACGUGGCCACACGGAGUCAAGACAUGAACUCAGUGAUGGUCGAAGGAAACCAGCCUUAAAUAAAGAUGAGAAAAAUUA